CAUCCCUCAGUCUCGAAGUAAUCGAUUAGCUAGAACGUACAGCAAGCAACAUAUUAGCAGGAGAGCGUGCCAUGUCGGUGGCGUGCGGCCUGGAGAGCGUGGUGGUGCUGGGGUGUCUCCGGUGGGCCUGGAAGCGCUGCACCUACAUUGGCAACUACGACAGCGCCUCCUGGCCCCCCGCCACUCCCGACGAGUUCGACCCCGUCCCCCGAUUGUGCCGCCUCAUCCUUGCUGUCUACGAGGACGACCUCCACAACCCCAAGUUCGCUCCCCCCGGUGGCUACCGCCUCAACCCCGAUAACCUCGUCAAACGCGUCACCUACGAGGAAACUCAGGGCCGAUCGCCGCCCUACAUCAUCUACACCGACCGCGAGCACAGAGAGAUCGUCCUCGCCAUCCGCGGCCUCAAUUUGUCCAAAGAGAGCGACUACAAGGUCCUGCUCGACAAUAGCUUGGGGAUGCAGAGGUUCGACGGCGGCUAUGCCCAUUGCGGCCUGUUGAAGUCGGCUACCUGGCUUUUGAAGUCCGAAUCGGACACCCUGAAGCGGCUCUGGGAAGAGAACGGGUCUUCUUACAAGAUGGUUUUUGCGGGACACUCGUUGGGCUCCGGCGUUGCCGCCUUGAUGACGGUGAUCGCAGUGAACCAUCCCAACCUGGUCGGCUGGAUACCGAAGGACCAUAUCCGCUGCUACGCAAUGGCGCCCGCCAGGUGUAUGUCGCUCAAUUUGGCGGUGAAGUAUGCCCAUGUUAUAAAUUCUAUCGUCUUGCAGGAUGAUUUUCUACCAAGAACUGCAACCCCCUUGCAAGAUAUAUUUACAUCAAUUUUCUGCUUGCCAUGCUUAUUAGUCUUGAUUUGCUUGAGGGAUACCUUCAUACCAGACGGUAGGAAGCUUAGAGAUCCAAGAAGACUCUAUGCGCCAGGAAGAAUCUAUCAUAUUGUAGAGAGACAAUUUUGCAGAUGUGGUAGAUAUCCUCCAGAGGUUAGAACUGCCAUCCCUGUAGAUGGGAGAUUUGAGCACAUUGUUUUAUCAUGCAAUGCUACUUCAGACCAUGCGAUUAUUUGGAUAGAAAGAGAAGCAGCGAAGGCUCUAGAUAGAAUGAAGGAGAAUUAUUCGAGCACUGUAACAACUCCUCCGCCAGUACAAAGAUUUGAGAGAUUGCAAACAAUACAAAAAGAACACAAGGAUGCUUUGGAAAGAGCUGUUAGUUUGAAUAUACCUGAUGCAGUCCCUGCUGAAGAAGAAGAAGAAGAAGAAGAAGAAACCUCAACAAGCAAGCAAGAACCUGUAGAAGCGGAUGAUGCAGAACCAUCUGAGAGUGUCACCAAAAGCAAGUCAGUAUCCACUGACAGUGAAAGUAAAUGGGAUAUUGUGCUUGAGAAGCUCUUGCAGAAAAGAGUCAGGGAAACACUAAUGACUAAAGAUCCAGUUACUCAACAAUAACCUGUCCUCCAUGGUGUUAUUUCUCAGCUGAUGAUGGUUUGCAUGAGGUUAGGUCUUCAAAAUUCUUUUGCUCCUGCUUUUUCUUAUUAAAGGGGCCAUUCUUCUUCUUCUUAUUGUGUGUGUUUACCACUGUUUCUGCAUGCAUUAUUACCCUUCUGUAGAGAGGAUUGGCAAACCUAUAUUGAAGCCUGCUUGGGGUGUAGUUCUAUAUGUUGACAACAGGGGAAUGCUACUGUGCAAAAAGGUGUAAUUUGUUUGUAAACAAACUGUGUUUUAUAUUAUGUAAAAUCUCUCCCCAGCUUUUGCUGGGAUAUGCCACUUUGUUUUCA